AUCACUAUAACAGAAAUAUUUAGACACUACUGAAUCAUUUGGGGUGAUGGGUUAAAAGCAGAGGCUCAGUUUCGUUGUAUCUCAGUGUUACAAUGACAAUAAGGACCAUAAAAUAAAAAUAAAAAUAAGGCAAUACCAAGAGACAAUAUAAUUUAAAGUCUCAUUACUGGUAAAUUAAAGUUCUAAUUGCGUUCAGAGUAAACGCGCCAUCGAAAUUGAAUAUUCCUCAUCAAUGAGUGGCUUAAACCUAGCGUGGACGCGCACCGCGUCUGGAGCACAGACUCAGACACGCGGUGACGCGCCUGCCCAGACAGUGGCCUGAGCGCGGGAGCUCGGUCGGGGCCACGUAGCGGCGCUGGAGGAGGAGGACGUACGGGUGCAGACACCUUAGCAGCCCGCACCAUCAACAAACCCUCUCCUGCAAUAUUAAAACCCUCCAAAAGGCUACUGACAUUUUCGAACAAAUGCAUAUCCGCCUCCAAAGCAGAGGAGGAGGCUGGCAAACAGGAGAAGUGCGUGUUCAGUCCAGAAUCUGUGCAACUCCGAUUGCACGGAGGGAGGUCGCUCUUCUGCACGAAGGUAAUCCGCUGUUUAAGAAUAUUCACGUCAGAGAGAAAGCCCUUACUACAGUUUUAUGUCUCCAGCUUAGCUUGGCUUUUUCUGGUCUUAUUUCUGAAGACACCAGCACAUUGGAACGAAGCGGUCCUCAGAGAAAGUGCGUCUGAUCUGACCUCAAAUGUUCAUCAACAAAGUUUUGGCUUUUCUUCUGCUAUUUUUAAAUACAUGAAUCUAAACGUUAAAGAGUUUGUAUGUCUUUCCAAAAAUGUUCCCUACCAUGGACGACAUGGAUGCUCUCUUUGAAUCAGGUUGACCAUUUCUCACUUCAUCCCCUCCUUCCUGUCUCUUUAGUAGAGGGAGGGUGGGGGAUUAGUGUGGCGCCCCCUGCCUCCCUUAAUAAAAUUCACUUGUCCAACAAGGCAUCAUAACAGCAAAUCUUCUCGACUGCUGUGUCAACCAACAACAUCCCUCUGUUCCCACUCCCUCUUCAUGAAAUCCUUGCAGAGCCUCAAGGAAGAGGUUUCCAUUCCUAGUCUAGGCGGGAUGUCACAGGAAGAAGGUCGUAGGACAACAGUGUCCCAGUCCUAUUUUCACUCCGCUAACCCAGAUCUGGAUCUGACGGGCAAGCUGUAUAAGAGGGAAGUCGGUGGCAAGCCAUAUUCUGUUUUAGUGGACAAUAAAAUGGCGGCCAAAGCAUCCAGCGGAGACCAGAACAUUGGUCAGUUGCCCACACAACAUACCGCUCCGCAGCAACAUCAGCAGUAUUUCAGAGAGGGAGGAGCAAUGCUGGAAGCAGAGAAGCAGGGGUCCCAGGCUGGUAACAAUGGCACUUCUGAUGACACUGAAGACGAUGAUGAGGAAGAGGAGGGUGAGGAUGAAGAAUGUGACGAGGAGGCAUUCAAGCGUGAACAGAUCAUUGUCGAGGUAAACCUGAACAACCAGACCCUUCAUGUAUCCAAGGGUGACAAAACUGGAACAACGCCCGAAGACUCUGAAAGAGCGGGCAGUGAUGACGAAGACGAGGAUGAGGAAGAGGAGGACGAGGAUAGCAUGGAGGAAGAGGAAGAGGAUGAUGAGGAAGAUGAACUUGAAAGCCGAAGAACGAGGUCGAAGAGAGCCCGGAGAUGUGUCAGUAGCACAGCACCUUCUGGUCAGCCACGAAGGAAAAGCCUCAGAUCAUCUCUGAGCACACCUGCCACUGGAAUGACCACCAGGGGGCGACGAAAGCGCCUGGAGGCCCCGAAGAGCAAUCGUAGAUCAGCCAGGUCUGUGCCAACUUCUGCGGGUUCCAUGUCUGCAGGUUCGGGAGGCAAAGGAGAAGCGGAGGAGAAGGAGAUGCUGGCGUGUGAGAAAUGCCCUCGCGUGUUCAACACACGCUGGUACCUGGAGAAGCACAUGAACGUCACACACAGGAGAAUGCAGAUUUGUGACAAGUGCGGCAAAAAGUUUGUCUUAGAGAGUGAGCUGGCCUUACAUCAGCAGACUGACUGUGAGAAGAACAUUCAGUGCGUCUCCUGUAACAAGUCUUUUAAGAAACUGUGGUCACUGCACGAGCACAUAAAAAUUGUGCACGGCUAUGCAGAAAAGAAGUUCUCAUGUGAAAUCUGUGAGAAGAAAUUCUACACAAUGGCUCAUGUCCGUAAGCACAUGGUUGCUCACACCAAGGACAUGCCCUUCACCUGUGAGACAUGUGGAAAGUCAUUUAAACGCAGCAUGUCUUUGAAGGUCCACUCACUCCAGCACUCUGGAGAGAAACCGUUCCGUUGUGAGAACUGUGACGAGCGGUUCCAGUACAAGUACCAGCUGCGCUCACACAUGAGCAUCCACAUCGGGCACAAGCAGUUCAUGUGCCAGUGGUGUGGCAAAGACUUCAACAUGAAACAGUAUUUUGAUGAGCACAUGAAAACACACACAGGAGAGAAGCCUUUCAUUUGUGAGAUCUGUGGAAAGAGCUUCACCAGCCGACCCAACAUGAAGCGCCACCGCCGCACCCACACAGGGGAGAAGCCCUAUCCCUGCGAGGUGUGUGGCCAGCGGUUCCGCUUCUCCAACAUGCUGAAAGCACACAAAGAGAAGUGUUUUCGGGUCACCAGUCCAGUGGUUCUGCAGACCAGCAGCCCGGCCGUGCCUGUCCGCCUUUUCACCAACCCUUUCUCCUCUUCACCGUCGACCACCUCUGGCCCCGGACACUCAGCUGCCCACCCGGCCACCACCUCCACUUCCCUGGGCGUCAGUCCCACGGGAGGGCAAAUGCCUCCGCGAGGCCCAGUGGGACACACGUACUCCAAUGUGCAGAUCCACUCGAAUCCUUCUCACCAUCAUCCUCACCCCCCAACAACACAACAACACCUCUCAAACACAUCCCAACACGCCCCACCUCACCCCCACCAUCACCUGUCUGUCCCCCCGGUUUCACACCUUCCUCCACCCCCUGCGCUUUUCAAGAGUGAGCCCUUAAACCACUGUGGUCAUGAAGACAGUGGCUACCUGCACCACAUGACCCUCUCUGACAAAGGUCCUGGAGCCCCCCAGCACCACUGAACUGUGCUGCGCCACCAUGGGGCCACACAAAACAGCACCUUGUUUUUUGCUUCUAGUCCUGCCUCAGUCUCAUUGUUGCCAGACACAUAAUACAAAAAACAUUUUUAAUCAGCUAUAAAGAGGAAACAAGCUUAGGAUACACCUAGGCGUAGGUGUGAAAGAUUCUGUGACAGACUGAGUUUUCAUUUUAUUUAAGAGUAUAGACCUCCUCUGAGAGAAAAACCAGAUCCAUUGACAAAGAUUUAAAAAACCUUUAAAUUCUUCUCUGGAAGAUUUUCUAAUGAAUUCUACACCAGACACUUUCCGUGCAUACAUUUUGUUUUCCAGCAUUAGCAGCUGAUGGAAGUCACGUAUUUGUACACUAUGUUCAUGGAUGGUUAAACUUCAAUGUCAUCAAACUAUCACCUUUAAUUCAACCUGUCUUAAAGUUGCACAGUGUUGCUUUCUGUGCAGAUCUUUCCCACAGCAAUACUCUUCGUCAAAGUAUGUGAACCGAGGUCUGUGGAGCCUCACAGACGUGGAAUGAAUGUUGUAUCUGGCUCUACUCUGUCGCCGAGCUCUUUUCAGACAUGUAAUUUGAAGAUUGGACAUCAGGGCUAUAAGUGUGAAUGUGUAGGACACCCAGAUGUUGGUAGAGUAAAUAAGUGGAGAGGUCCUGCUUUAUACAUGUACAAGUCAGGCUGUAGUCAUAUCCAUCAAACUUCACAGUUUCUGAUGUGUUUGAAUUUACCCCUCACUCAGACAGUAGCCCCUUUGACACCGACAGUCCAGGAACUUUCUGACCACCUUGAUCCAGACCUGACCAGACAUCUUAAAAACCAGUAAACUAUAGAUUUAGGUCAGGUUGACAUUAUGCAUCAGCUAGUACACAUGCUCAGUGAGCAAAUUAAUGAAUCUUCUUUCUGUACUUUGGUCUUGUAGGAGAAGCCGGAGCAGACGCUGUGGCCUCUCUUUUUUGAGGGACUCAAAGGCGUUGCCUGUACAUUUGAUGCAAAUGCAGAAGGUCCAAGUUCAAAACCAGCUACUGCCCUAAACUCACACUCUUGGUAAAACCUGGGUGAGUGGUUUCAGUCAGGACAUCCACAAUAAUAUUUAAAAAAUCUAAACCAGCAUAGAUGUGUCAUGUUAGCUCCCGUUAACUGUUUGUAGCUCAGAUGCUAAUGCUGUGCUACCACAGCUGCCUUUACAAAGCGCGGAAAGCUCAGCCUCAUUAAUCGGUAAAUCUAUCGCCUUGAGCUACAACGUACAUAGACAUGAACACAUUAUCGUCUGAUAACAUGCAUUCUCCCAACAGUUUAAUCUGGAGCCCAAGUUUAGAGUUUGGAUAUUGUUUAUAACUGACAGAAGUGAAACACCCUGUUUAUUUUGCCAGUGUUGUGCUUUUCUUCCUAGUAUUUUAUAUGACACAAUACACACCAAGGUCACUGGCAUUAUUUGUUCCACACAGGCAGAUUGUUGUGUAAAUGCACAUGCUUGAACGAAGAUAGAACACCAUCAAGGGCAUUCAUCACAUCAUUGGUGUCAGAGGGGCUAAUGUCUGUGUUUGUCAUUUGUCACAGUUCAGAUCCAAAACUCAGGAUGUAUCUCCAAAGAGAGUUCAUGUCUAAAAACAGCUCUGGACUGACCUUAGUUGAAAGCUGAGACUUGCUGUCUGGGUCAACAGAUGUAGGGCAGGAUAAGUGGCCAUAGGUUCCGGAAAGGAAUGUGUUUGUAAGACGUUUAAAAUUUGUAAAUGUUGAGUCUGGACAUCUCUCAGUCUCAGAUUUACAUCAUUUCAAUGGUGCUUCUCAUUCCAGUAUGUAAAAAAAAAAAGUUUCUUAACCUUGCUUUGGCGUCAAAUUUACCAAAAUUGUUAUAUUAAACAUUAGCAGUAUAUAUUGUGA